CUCCGCCUUCCUUCCCCCUUCCCCUCCCCACUCAUCGCCUAGUUCCCCCCUAGGCUCCCUUCCACCCCAAAUUGUUGUUUGUAUCCAAUAAAAUUCCUGUACAAAUCAAACCCCAGGGAUCCGGAUCAAUCGAUCCCUCGCCGAUCCGCGCGAUUUUAUCCUGAAUUUUUCGUGAUUUUUUCCGAUCGGGGCUAGGGUUAGGGCAUCAGGGAGGACGCCGCAUUUUAGGUCAUCGCCGGAGUCGACGGGCUAGGUUACCAGGGGAAGCGAGCCCAAGGGGAGGAGGAGAAAUGGAGAAGAAGAAAGCGACGGUGUCGAAGGUGUGCCACGGCCAUUCGCGGCCGGUCGUCGACCUGUUCUACAGCCCCGUCACGCCCGACGGCUACUUCCUCAUCAGCGCCAGCAAGGACUCAAAUCCUAUGCUUCGUAAUGGUGAUACUGGAGAUUGGAUUGGGACUUUUGAAGGUCAUAAAGGGGCAGUUUGGAGCUGUUGUCUAGACACAAAUGCGCUACGUGCUGCCUCUGGUUCUGCAGACUUCUCAGCCAAAAUCUGGGAUGCACUAACAGGUGAUGAGCUGCAUUCAUUUGAACACAAGCAUAUAGUCCGUGCAUGUGCCUUUUCUGAGAAUACACAACUUUUGCUCACUGGAGGCGUGGAAAAGAUUUUGCGUGUGUAUGAUAUGAAUCGUCCAGAUGCGGCUCCAAGGGAACUUGACAAAGCACCUGGUUCUGUGCGAACUGUUGCUUGGCUUCAUAGUGACCAAUCUAUUCUAAGUUCCUGCACCGACAUGGGAGGAGUAAGGUUAUGGGAUGUGAGAAGUGGAAAAAUUGUCCAAACUCUUGAAACCAAGGCACCUGUCACCAGUGCUGAAGUAAGCCAGGACGGCAGGUUCAUCACUACAGCUGAUGGUUCAAGUGUUAAAUUUUGGGACGCCAAUCAUUUUGGGCUUGUUAAAAGCUAUGAUAUGCCUUGCACUGUGGAGUCAGCUUCACUUGAACCUAAGUCUGGGAGUAAAUUCAUCACUGGGGGAGAAGAUAUGUGGGUCCAUGUUUUCGAUUUUUUCACUGGUGAAGAAAUUGCUUGUAACAAAGGGCAUCAUGGUCCUGUCCACUGUGUCCGGUUCGCACCUGUUGGGGAAUCAUAUGCAUCCGGAUCAGAAGACGGCACCAUCCGGAUCUGGCCCCUGAACCCAGCUAAUGCUGAUGACAGUGAGGCGCCCAAUGCAAAUGGUAAACCGAAAGAUUCAGUAAAUGAGGUUGCGCGUAAGGUCGAAGGCUUCCACAUUUCCAAGGAGGGUCAGACCGAGGCUUAGGAUUACAUGACACCAAAACUUGCAGUGCUUAGUGCUUAUUGGGAGAUCGCUGCCAAAGCCCUGAUCUUCUGAUGUCACCCUCAAGUCCGUCGCUGAAGCCUCUCCUUAACCAAGGGUGGCUUGUAUCUCCCAUCUCUGAGGCGAAAUGGUGUCCUGCGUUUCAUUAACGAUGAAUUUCUGUACGGGGCCCUUUUCAGUAGACUGUUAAGAUAGCAUCUAAAGAGUCAAUAAGCCAUGGGGAAAGUAAGUGAACAGAUAGUGUCGUGCUUGCAUUCACGAGAAGUGAAAUUUUCUGUAUUGCAGCUAGUGGUCGUCGUACAAAUGUGAAUUGUGUUAACUCGUUUUUGCUCACUGUUCAACGACGAUGAUUGAACCGUAAUAUUUUUUGUGGUUUGCAA